AUUUAUGGUGUUAUUAUUAUUCUCCUUCCCGCUUCUCCUGAUUGAAACAAACUUCGUAGCGAGUAGCGACGCUCGCCGCGAGUGUCCAAAAUGCAGCCUCCUUCCUUCUUCACUCUCGUCGUCUUCUUCUUCCUCUUCUCCGCUCUCGAUCUCGUACACUCUCUGCCUGCUUCCGCUUCUCUUCUCCCCAACGACACGGCAGCGCUCGUCCAGUUCCGCUCCCAGACCGACGCGCACGGAAACCUCCGAGCCAACUGGACCACCGGCAACGCCUGCUCCGCCUCAUGGCUCGGCGUCCGUUGCACCGACGGCAGGGUAACUGCUCUCUCUCUCCCUUCUCUAGACCUACGUGGGCCAAUCGAUUCACUUGCUCGCCUCGACCAGCUCCGCCUCCUCGACCUCCAUGGGAACAGGCUCAACGGUAGCAUUCUCCCCGUCACCAAUUUUUCUAAUCUCAAGCUGCUGUACCUCGCCAGAAAUGACUUCUCCGGCGUGGUCCCGGCUGAGAUCGGUUCCCUCAAGCGUCUCCUCCGGCUUGACCUCUCCGACAACAAUCUGCGAGGCCCCAUCCCUACGGAGAUUCGCAACUUAACUCAUCUCCUUACUAUUAGACUCGAGAACAAUGUGCUUGCCGGGGAGGUUCCCGAUCUCUCCACGGCGCUGCCGGAGCUCAGGGAGCUAAAUUUAUCUAAUAACGAGUUGUACGGGAAGGUGCCAUCCGGACUGGUGAAAAAAUUCGGAUUGCGAAGUAUUGCGGGAAACGCAGGGCUCUGCGGUAUGAGCCCGUUACCGGUCUGUUCGUUCACAGGUUCCCCUCCCACGGCUGCGUCGGCUCAGACCGUGGUACCGUCCAACCCCAGCUCCUUUCCUGCUAUGACUGCUGCAGGUCCGACGGGGAAGGGAGAAUCCCGAAAGGGACUCAGCACCGGCGCCAUUGUCGCCAUUGUGGUUGGGAAUUCUGUGGCUUUACUGGUAAUCACGUCGUUUGUUGUUGCUUAUUACUGCGGCAGAAAUUCAGGAGAGAGUGGUUCGACUAUCAGUUCUAGAGACAGGCGGAGAAACGGCAGCUAUACGGGUGAGAAGAAGAUUUAUGCCAACAAUGGAGGUGGCGGUGGGGGAGACAGCGAUGGAACGACGGCCACUGACCGGAGCAAGCUUGUUUUCUUUGAUAGAAGGAAGCAAUUUGAGCUGGAGGACCUGCUCCGGGCAUCGGCGGAGAUGCUGGGAAAAGGAAGCUUUGGGACAGUCUACAAAGCGAUAUUGGAAGAUGGGUGCACGGUGGCGGUGAAGAGGCUCAAAGACGCGAACCCAUGUGUGAGGAAAGAGUUCGAACAGUACAUGGAUUUGAUUGGGAAUCUCCGGCAUCCCAACCUGGUUCAUCUCAGGGCUUAUUAUUAUGCCAAGGAGGAGAAGCUACUUGUCUACGAUUACCUCUCCAAUGGAAGCCUGCAUUCUCUUCUCCAUGCGAAUCGAGGACCGGGGAGGAUUCCUUUAGACUGGACAACGAGGAUCAGUUUGGUGCUGGGAGCUGCUCGUGGGCUUGCACGGAUUCACGAGGAGUACAGUGGAUCAAAGAUUCCACACGGGAAUGUGAAGUCGUCGAACGUGCUUCUUGACAAGAAUGGUGUGGCAUGCAUCUCCGAUUUUGGGUUGGCCCUGCUUCUGAGCCCAGUUCAUGCCACGGCGAGAUUGGGAGGGUACAGAGCGCCGGAGCAAGUCGAAACCAAGAAGCUGUCACAGAAGGCAGACGUCUAUAGCUUUGGGGUUCUGCUGCUGGAGGUGUUGACAGGGAGGCUUCCGUUGCAGUAUCCUGCCUCAAGUCCGCAUGGCGAACAGGGUGUUGAUCUUCCUAAGUGGGUAAGAUCGGUGGUGAGGGAGGAAUGGACGGCGGAAGUGUUCGACCCGGAACUGCUGAGGUACAAGAACAUAGAAGAGGAGAUGGUGGCGAUGCUGAAUGUGGGGUUGGCUUGUGUGGUGGAGCAGGCGGAGAAGAGGCCUACGAUGUCAGAGGUGGCGAAGAUGAUCGAGGAGAUAAGGGUGGAGCAAUCCCCACUGGGCGAGGACUUGGAUGAAUCACGCAAUUCACUCUCGCCCUCCGUCGCCACCACCGAAGACAACCUCGCCAAUUAUUGAUGGGUGCGGCGCUGAAUCUCUCUCUCUCUCUCUCUCUCUCUCUCCUUUGUUUCUUAUUCUGGGUUUGCAUUAUCUCAUUGCAAAUGGUAGGUGAUAGGCUCUGCACUCUCCACUCUCCAGGACCAGAUAGCUUUCUUGUUGUUCCAUUUUGUUUUAACUAGUGUUUUUGUUUUAUAUGGAAUGUCUAUUUUGGUGAACAGACAAAACUGUUUUAAGCUCUUUCGACUGUCUGAGAUAUCUGGCACCAUUGAUCGAUUCGACCACCACCAAACAAAACAAGGCUUCUCUUGUCUUCAUCUUUGGACUGUAGUCUCUGAGAGUCAGAAUCCUCUGCUUCAUUCAGCUUGCUCGACAGCGGCUAUUUGUAAAUGGGCUUUCUUUUGAUAAUAACAGUACCAGUACUGCACGUUGACAAGUA